AUGUAUGUGGGAUAUCUACUGGAUAAGGAAACCGGCAUGUAUCACCAGGGGCCAGUGAGAAGAUCCAGCAUCAACCUGCCACCACAGAACUUUGUUUCCACGCCACAGUACCCAGAUUUCACUGGAUACCAUCAUGUGCCAAACAUGGAAACGCACGCACAAUCUGGCAGUUGGGGACCCUCUUACGGCGCGCCGCGGGAGGACUGGGGCGCGUACAGUCUUGGACCACCUAAUACAAUCUCCACUGCCAUGAACAACACAUCACCUGCGCAAGUUCCUUACUGCUCGCCUGAGUACACGCACAUGCAUCCACCGGCGUCUGCGGUAUUACAGCAGCCGCAGGAAAGCGUCAACAGUGCGCAACUUUCCCCUGACAGAGACGGACGGCGCAACUCUUACCAGUGGAUGAGCAAAACCGCACAGUCAUCAUCCACAGGGAAGACAAGGACGAAAGAGAAAUACAGGGUAGUGUACACAGACCACCAGAGGCUGGAGCUGGAGAAGGAGUUUCAUUAUAACAGAUAUAUCACCAUCAGGAGAAAAGCUGAACUGGCUGUCAAUCUGGGGCUGUCAGAGAGACAGGUGAAGAUCUGGUUCCAGAACCGCAGAGCAAAGGAGAGGAAACUGAUCAAGAAGAAGAUGGGACAGUCCGACGGCAGCGGAGGUUCGGUUCACAGCGAUCCCGGGUCAGUCAGUCCACUGCCGGUACCAGGCUCCCUCAGCCCCUCGGACAUCCACGUAUCUCUGUACCCCCCGCCGCCCAUGAACACAUUGCCCUCUAUUAGGAAUAUACAGCAAGUGACUGUGACUCAGUGA